CAGUCUCCCGCAAUUUUCUCGUCGUCCUUCCCGCUUCCUUCCCUUCACCCUCCGCCCUCAGAUGACCGCGCAAUGUCAUCUAGCAGCUUUGCCGCUGCUCAGGAACGCAUUCUAGCACGGCAGACAGCCAGACAACAAGAAGCCCGCACCCUCAUUCAGCAGCCCGAUAUUACCAGUGGCCGCUCCUCCUUGACGCGAAUCACUCAGUCCCUGCGACCCAAGUUGUCUUCAUUCUGGAUAACUCUGCUAGAGUCGGAGGGCACACGGCCAGCCUUUCGAGUUGGGCAAGUGGAUGCCGAACUCCUGGAUGAGGAGUUGCUGGGGCUAUUGAAAACACAAGUGGCAGAUGCCCUGAAAUACCUCGGGGCGCAUCUUCAGGAUGACUGGUCGCAAGAAAUUCUGCUUGCCCUCAGAGCGAUACUGUUCAAACUAUCUAUAUGGGACAACGAUGCUUCCUAUGGCGCGGCUCUACAGAACCUCCGAUACGUCGACGCAAGGAAAUCUGGAUUGGAUCUUCCGAAACCGACCAGAUGGCAAAAGAGUCUUUACGGGCUAUUAACGGUCUUUGGGCGGUAUGGAUGGGACAAGUGGGAAGAUUGGCUGAUCGACCAAGAGCGAGGUUACACAGCUCCUUCAGAGACAGUCCAGAGGCUGAUGCGAUUCACCUCCUUUGUCUCUACAACACAUUCCAUCGCCGCCUUUUGUUCCUUCCUGGUGUUCCUCGUCAAUGGACGCUACCGGACUCUUACAGAUCGCUUGCUGAGAUUGAGACUGAUGUCGCCAUCUAAUCAAGUUAGCCGGGAAGUCUCGUUCGAGUAUCUGAACCGUCAAUUAGUCUGGCAUGCCUUUACUGAAUUUUUACUAUUCCUCUUGCCGUUGGUCGGCAUUAGUCGAUGGCGAAGAUGGCUCUCCAGGAUGUGGAAGAAAACGAAAGAUGCCAUGAAGUCGCAAUCAGAAGCAGAAGACGACGGUGAGAAGACCAAAAGCGGGCCACUGGCUUUUCUACCCGAAAGGACUUGCGCCAUUUGCUAUCAGGACCAGAACCCAACAUCGACUUCCGAAGCCGAGAUCCUAGGAGCAAACGCUGCCGCUGGAGGAGGCGUCAUUGGCUCAGCCACUACCGAUGUGGUGAAUCCUUACGAGACCAUUCCAUGUGGCUGUAUCUACUGCUUUGUAUGUAUAGCCACCAAAAUUGAAGCCGAGGAGGGUGGUGGCUGGACAUGUCUGCGUUGCGGAGAAAUCAUAUAUAAAUGCCAGCCGUGGAACGGUGACAUCGUCCUGGUUGGGAAAAAGGGCAGCAAUAAAAACGCCAAAUCGGUCGGCUUCUCUGUCGCCAACGAUGAUUCGAGCGAGAAUUACCGAGAUGGACCGUCCGAAGAGACGCCAGAAAUGAUGGACUCCGCCUUGACCGGGAGCCAGUGGAGCAUGGCGGAUCAGGAGUCCUCUAUCACUUAACGUUUCAAACUUCAAGGGCAUGGUCAUACACUGGGCCCAUGGAGCUACUGUGGGCUGUACUCCAUUCAACCGCCGCCAAAGAUUUCACGUUCCGAAAGCAGUGACAUUGGAAAGGACUGGACUCUACCGGCAUGCAAGACGACGAGCAACUGGCUGAGCGUGGAUUAAGAACCAGAUGGUGGAGAGCAUCACAACAGUUCUCAUUUCUGGGCGCCUAAAGUGCGCUCCGUCCCAAGUCAACAAGCUCUGCCAGAGCCGGUCCACUAGUCGACUCAGGUAUAUGUCCUUCCGUUGGCGAUCAAAUUCUCGUAUGUUUCUUUGUCAUGGCCUGGAACGACCUGGCCCUUGGUCGUCCUCUCCAAGUGCUUCAACCGCUGAGUGCUCUGGAACCAUGAUGGAUGAUCUCUAGCAAGCCACCCUUGAGGGAUACCAUCGCGCCACUGGUGGGAAAUAGUUCAGUACUGAGCAAGCUGAGGUGUGAAAGACACUCACAUUUUCAAUGACGUGGCAGUGGUCACUGAUGAAGAAGAACGUCCCACUGUCCGGCAUGUUGAUUUGCAUUCCAAUCAGUCCUGUGGCCAGUCAGCAACUCCUUUUUUUUUCUUCAACCAGGCAGCGCAGCUCUCACCGUCAGUGUGGCCUGGUAAAUGAUGCAGGGUGAUGCCUUGGCAGAAAUCGAACGUUCGCUCAUCGAAAGUCUUCCAAUUCCUGCAAACCGUCAGAAUACGCACUUCUGCGCCGGAAGCGACGGCCACAUACAAGCUCAAUUUGAGGUAAUGUUCCAGGUAGACGCCCACAUCGGCGCCCGUCGCAACAGACCAGAAAGCUGCCCUGAGUUCUCGGUCGUGGACCCAAAUCUCAACGUCCUUUCUGUCAAGGAAUUCGUCUAACCCUCCCGCAUGGUCGAGGUGUAGAUGACCGAUGAUGAUUUUCUUGAUAUCCUCGAGCUUAUUUCCCGUGGCCUCAACCGCGGCCUUCAGCUCAUGCUGAGGCUCAUAGCGCACCCGAGAAAACACGUCAGACACCACAGGGCCCCAGAUCUCAGGGUAGUCCUUGCCACAACCCGUCUCCCACAAGAUGAGACCCUCAUGCGGGUGUUCGAUAAGGAUACAAAACACGGGAAGCUCCCUCCGUUUGUUGACAAAGGACUUGUUUUCGGUGCUCUUUAGGCUGGUGUUGCCGCCACGAACCACGAAGGCUUCGUCACACUCGAGCCAGCCUACCUCCAUGAUAUGAAACUUUGUUCCUUUAGGGCAGACAUUGGAAACGUGGUUGGGCACGGCACCCCGAUCGAUUUGGCCUUGGAUAGCAGACAUUGUUGAAGAGAAGCGAUGAUGACCCACGGAUUGGGAAGAAGAGUGCAGUCCUGGAAGAGACAGAUGGCUGGGAGCUCAAAUACAGGAUUUGAGGGGCUCCUACAGCUAUCGAGCUCGCCCCGCAUCCCAGAUUGUUGAACUCACUCCACCUGCGGAGUGUGCGGACGAAGAUGAGGCAAGAGUAACCAUUUCUGGCGUCUUUCAAGGAGGAGUGGAAGCGGAGUCAUCGAAGCAGGGGCAUUUUCCGAGACUGUAGCAAGCAUCUCGAGCUCGCUAGCUCGACGACAUGGUCGCCCCCAAAGCCUCGGAUUUCGCACCAACGGGAAGACCGCAGUUGGAAUUUGCGAGAGAACGAGAGGGGAAACCAUGGAUUUUUCGAUACGAGCCACCGGAACCGCGUUUCUGGCAGGCCGUGACGUACUCAGAAUCCAAGCGCACUCCACGGUGAAGCACCGCAAAGCCUCCAAUUGGGUCCUUUUAGAGGGGCACAGAAGGGGGGCAGAUCUAUCUUGAUUUUCCUCCGGAUGGGGAAGCAUCCGAGGCACCUAAGUACUCCAACAAGACCAUGUGGACAGAUUGGCAUGUGUUUGGUUCUAUCCAGCUUCUCCAAAGUAUCUGUUGUAGGCAGCGAACCAGCUUGGACG